GGCAGCAGGGCGACCGGCUCGUUCUAAUACCGGUCAACAGACAGUUGUAGUUCAGCUUCAGACUGCAGCAGGUUGAAGCUGCCUCAGUCCUCUGCAGGCUCUGGAGGCGGACUAACAGGCUCUGCAGCUCGGUUCUCAGCUGGACUUCCUGCAGGUCGACAUGGCUGACAGUCAGAGCGUGACGAGGGGCAGGAAGAAAUGGAGCGUUCCACAGCGAGCUGUGACGGAUCAGAGCAAAGCUCCUUCUGGAUCUUCUGACAGAGAUUCUGGAACAACCCUGUCCGUUCCCUUCAGAGGUCACAUCAGCGGUGGACUCCGGCCUGGGAAGAAGCUGGUGGUUUUCGGCAUCGUGAGCUCUCGUCCUGACAGGUUCUACCUGGCCCUGACGUGUGGCCGCGGGGUUUCUGGGGAGCCCCCGCUGGACGUGGCCGUGGAGCUCUGCGUCCAGUUCAGGGAGCAGCAGGUCCUGAGGAGAGCGUGCAGGGCUGGGGCCUGGACCGAGGCCGAGAGGACGCUCCCCUUCUUCCCCUUCAUCAGAGACCAGCCUUUCAAGAUGGAGGUCCAGUGUGAACAGAGCAGACUCCGCGUGUCGGUGGACGGACAGCAGCUGUUUGACUUCAACCACAGAGUGACGGCGCUGGGCAGCGUGGACACGCUGUGGAUCAAAGGCAGCGUCUCCAUCACCAAACUGGCCUGAGAGGAAGGACUCCGCACUCCUGUCGGACACCGGCAGAGGGGAUCACCGCGAAGACUGACGUCCUUCUCAGGAAGAAGCCUUUAAUCCAGAUCUACACCCAGAAUCAGGGCUGUAGGUGGUCCGCACCAGACUCUACAACAGACUUCAACCUUAUACCAGCAACACUCACCAGGCCUGAAGAAGCAUUAGAUACUGCCUCUGCAUUCCAAUAACCACCGAAUGUGUCUGAACAUCAGGAAUUGAAGUACUUCACCAAACCACACGAGGACUGCUUCAGGAUAAAGGGACUGUAAAGGCUGAAGUUCAGGACCAAGGCGGGGUGUGGAGAAAUACGCUGUGAAUCCAGUGUUGUUGGAUCUCUGACACCUCGGUGAAAUGGUUGAAGAACUGCUUAAUGUGGGACUUUUAAAGAAACAGAGCAGGGAUCAGCUGACUGUAUCAGAAUAAAGACAUCCAGCCCAGAGACUAUCCUGGAACAACUGGAACUCCCUCUGUGGUAUUCAUGACUGUAUGAGGAAGAAGACAUCCACAGAGGUCGAUCAAAUACUUCCUGUUGAAGAAAAAACCGAAACAAACCUGACAGGUCUGCUGACUCAGCAUCUUCUCAGCGCUCUGUUGAUCUUUGUUGUGUCUUCAGAUUCAGAUCUCUGUUUCUUUUGUUGUCAGUCAGGAAUCCACCUUCAGCAGAGGAGUGUUGCUGGUCUUGUUUCUGUCGCUGGAGGAAUUCGUCUGCAGCCCAGAUUUAGAAAGAGCAUCAUUUCCUUACUCUGGCUGCAUUUCAACAAGCAGGAACCAUUUCAGAGAAAUAAGUCAAUAAAAAAGAAGCAAAUCAACAAGGAAAUACAGAACAUUCUGUCAUCCAUCAUCCAUCAUCCAUCAUCCAUCCAUCCAUCCAUCCAUCCAUCCAUCAGUCCAUUCUUGCAUACUUGGGGAUCAUCCAGUCAGUGUUAGUUGUUUAAAGUAUUUGUAUUUGUAAUAAAGUGUAUGAAAACUGCACAAUGUAAACAGGUCUGUCAUUAGAUCCUGAUCCGAUCCGGUCCAGGUCUGUCAUUAGCUCCGGAUCCGAUCGGCUCCAGGUCUGUCAUUAGAUCGGAUCCGAUCCGGUCCAGGUCUGUCAUUAGCUCCGGAUCCGAUCGGGUCAGACUCUGGACCAGGAGGAAGUUUAGACUUCGCUUUCUGAAGAAACACAACCAGCGUACAAAUCAUCUUCAGGAUGCUGGAUCGAUUGAUCAUGUCUCAAAGCAUGAUGGGAUUGAUCCUGUUCUUGGUGCAGAUGAAUCUGAAUCUGAUCACUUUAUUCAGUCUUCAUGUCAACGAGACGAUCUGAUCUCAGUCUGAGACAGUCCAGUCAGACGGCAAGACUUGAGACUGAAAACCUCUCUCUGGAACAGGGUUCGAGACUUUCCAACAGGGUUCUAGAUUUAAUAAUAAGGUUCUUUAUUUCCUAACAGGGUUCCAGACAUUCCAGCAGGGUUCGAGACUUUCUGACAGGGCUCUAGACUAAACAACAGGAUUCUCGACUUCCCAAAAGGGUUCUAAACUUUCUGACUGUGUUCUAGACUUUCUGAAAGGAUUCUACACUUAAUAACAGGGUUCUGGACUUUCCAACAGGGGUCUAGAUGUUCUAACAGGGAUGUAGACUUAAUAACAGGGUUCUUUCAGGCCAGGGACUUUCUCACGAGGCGUGCAGGUCAUCAGGAUCGUCACACUGAGCACAGGAGCUCCUGUUCUACCUGCUGACCUCCGACUGUGGAGCAGCCUCCAGCACCCAACCCCUCCUGUGGUGGAGCUCUUCACCACCGCCACUCUGCUUCAGCCAAGUUACACAUAAAACACUUCUACUUUCC